AUGGGCAAAGCCAUGAUGCAGCCAUUCUCUGCUCUCCACCAGGCGUGGAAAGACUACAGAGCCGGCCGCUCGAUGCGCAAGAACGCGACAGAUCAAAAGGAAGCGGAAUAUGCAGAAAGCAAAGCAAGCGAACCUCGGCCUCGGCCGGCAAGCCCUCGGUCGGUACGGCCUUUGCCCGAACGAGGAUGGCAAUUUGACAAGGCGGCCGAAUUUCCCUGGUGCCUCAAGCAGGUCGUCGAAGAGGAAAGCAACUGGCGCGGGAUAUGGGUACUGGAGGUCAAGGAUAUGCAAGCCAUGGUUUGGGAGACGGUUCACGUACCCAAGGAGAGCGGGUACGGUGGUAAAUACCAGCGGGUGCCGACUAUGCACUUACCGUUCACCCCGGAAAGGGAGCGGGGCGAUUUGAGCGCCGGAGGACAGGAUGAUCUGAUGAUUACUAAAAACGCAUUUUGGUAUGUCUUUGCCGCGUUCGGCCGCGCAGUCUUAGGCGAGGACUUUGAGGAAAUUAGGAAGGGAUGUUGAUAGAUUUUAGAAUCUGGGGUAAUAGGAAAGCGCUCAGUUUGGGAGAUUCAUCUGGGAGUGUUCAGGAUGGGGUAGUGGGGAGGGUUUGGGUUUAGGUUCAGGGGGCUGGACAUGGUUGUCAU